CACAUUGUUCUAGACACAACAACAUGUACAGUUAUACCAAAGUUAUUGAAUGCACACAUAUCACACCGCCUAUUCUUACAACCCUGUCUACCGUUGUGUACCCAGCUAGCCAUGUCCAAUAGUCUGUUUUCCAAUUCUAUACCCAUGAAUUUAGUCAAUGAGUAUCGUUUUAAACCCAGAUCAGAGUUGUCAAUAAUAAACCUAAUCCAAUCUGAACCUCCAAAUUGGACUGGCUCAAUAGCCUUCCCAAAAAAGCGGAAUGGAUUGAUUGUUCAGAUUGCCUCGGAUUUUAAUCCGGAUUGA